AUGAAAUUACUUUUGUUAAUUACUUUGUUAAUUACCUACUAUACUCAAGAAGUGUAAAAAUAUCUGAAAAUUGGAUGUACAGAUAUUUAAAAUGGGGAUUGUAAAAAGUUGUGUGAUCUUGGUUAAUUUGAAUGCGAUGACUUUCUAAAUCUCAUUUGUGAAUAUGGUUAUUUCAACUACUAGAAUACAUGUGUUCAAUGUCCUAAAUAAAAUCUGCAUGAUAUAGCAGUAAUAUAUUGUGGCGAUUGUAUUGAUAAUUCAAAGACAUGGGGAAAAUACAGAUUAUGCACUUAUGAUUUUGUAAUAGAAGGAGAUGAUAAAAAUAAUGGUGCUUACAUUAAAAGAAUCAAUUAAUACAAAGAAUUAUACGUUGUUGGAAAUGCUACUACUUAAUUAACCUGGAAUAAAUCUAUUUUGCGUGACACAAGACGUUAAUAUGAAACCAUAAUUUGUAGUGGAUGUGACACUAUAUGUACAUCAGCAUCCAAUCCCUUUUGCAAUUCCUUCUCAAAUGAGAUAGAUAUUUUAGUUUAAGGAAUUACUUGUUUGGAUGGAUAUUUUUUCUUAAAUGGUGUAUGUAUAGCUUGUGGAACAAAUUGUUUAGAUUGUUCAGAUAGAAAUAAAUGUGAUUAAUGCUUUUCUGGAUAUUAUUUAAAUGGCUAUGUUUGCAAUUAAUGUUAAUCUAAUUGUUUAGAUUGCAUUCAAUCAGACUCACUUAUUAAAUGUUAUUCAUGUAUUAGUCCAUAUAUCAUCUCAAUUAAUAGGUAAGUUUGUGAAAGCUGUGGUGAUUCAUGUUUAAGAUGUGAGUAUGUAAGUUAUGAUUAGUUAACAAAAUAUAAAUAUAUCACAAGAGACAAUGUAGAUCCUGCUUAAGAUGACAUUAAUAGAUAUAUUAAAAGAUGCAGAUAAUGUGAAGGAAAUUAUUUGGUUGACUACAAAGGUUAAGAUUGUGUACAAUGUUAAAUCAAAGGUUGUUUAAAAUGUUAUUAUACAAUCACCGUUUCUGGAGAAACAAGAUCUACUCUUGAUCUUGACUUUAAACCUAUGUAACCAUAAGAACAAGCCUCGAAGUAGCUAUGUUAUACAUGUUUAUCUGGAUAUGUUUUAAAUGCUGAUAAGACCUCCUGUUUACCAUAAGCACCUUCCUUACCUGUCUCAGAUUGUCAUUUUUAUGGAGGUAUCAAUAACAAAUGUUAAUAAUGUUAAAAUAACAAGAUUUUAGAUCUCGAUAAUAAUGCUUGUCAACCUGAUUAAUGCUAUACAUAAAUCAAAAAUUGCUAGAAUUGUUAUCAAUUUAAAAUCAUUAAUAUUGCUCAAUAUAAAACAUUUUAUCAUUGUAUUAAAUGUGAUGAAGCAUAUUAUCCUGAUUUUUUUACAGGAACAUGUUUAUAAUGUCCUAAUCAUUGUUCUUCCUGUUGGUAAUACUCUUAAACAUAUAAUUUCACUCUCUAUAACGAAAUUCCAAAGAUAAUUCCAGACAGAAAAAUCUAUUAUACAGAUGGUGCAAUCAAUAUAUAUUGUUCAGAAUGUGAAGAUGGAUUUUAAUUAUAUAACAAUAAAUGUUUAGGAUGUACUAUUAAUUGUAUCAUACCUACAACUGGAUUAGUUACUUAAAAAUCCUCUUGUCUAUAUAAAUCUACUAAUGCAUUAUGUUCUUAAUGUUAUGAACCUUUGUAUCAAAAAUCAUUAGUUUCUGAUUUCUCAGAAUGUUAAGAAUGUCCUAAUUACUGUUUGGCUUGUCAUGAUCGAUAAUAAUCUGAAUUUCCUAAUAAAUACUUUAAUCCAAGUAGUGAAAUUUUACUAAAAUUUAGUAGAUCAUGUUAUAAAUUGUAAUCAAUAGUUGGUAAUCCACUAGUAAUUCAUUAUAAUUCUUUUUUAAAUAUGCCUAUUGGUUGCAAUACUGAUUGGCCUUGUAGAUAUUAAUAUGAUAUUGAUGUAACGUUGUUCUGUGAUGUAAAUGAUUAUCUUUCAAAAUUAACAAAUUCUAGAUCAAAUGCUAAAUAUUAUUAUGAUCUUACUACAUUCUAUACAACAAAGAGUGAAGAUGUUGCCACUAUAAAGUUUUCUAAUUUAGAAACAUUAGUAUUUUAUGAAACUUUAAAUACUUUACCACUUGAAAUCCUUAAUCUUAAUUUAAAAAUUAAAGGAGAUAGUUAAAAUAAAUGUAUUUUCUCAAAAUCUACUACAAUCCUAACUUAAUUUCACUAGAAUGUUUUCUCAUUAACAGAUUUCACAUUCACCAUUAUGAGUGACUCCUAACUACCUUUAAAUUUAUAUAUUAAUGGAAAUUUUACUCUAUUUAAUUAUCCUAAGAUUGUUCUCCAAAAUAUUAAUAUAUAUACAUAAGAAUCUAAAUUCAUUUUCAAAUUAGACUUAUGUUCAAUAUUAUAUCUUUAAAAUAUUUAAUUUUAGAAAUCUUCAGGCACAUCAGUUUAAAUUCUAUUUGAAUAUUUAGAUGAACUUUAAAUGGAUGAGGUAACUUUUGAUAAUUUUACAGGUUUUGAUGAUUUAAUUUCUUUUUCUCCAACCAAAUAAAUAAAAAUGAAAAAUGUUAUCCUUAAUUAAUUAAAAUUAAGUUAACUUCAUUUAAUUGAAAUGUAUCCUUAAACUUAUAUAAAUAUGGAAAAUAUUUUGAUAAAAAACUCAAUGUUUUUUGAGUUCUUUUUUAUUGGUGAUUUAGAACCUAAUGAUGAAUUAAUUGGUUCUACAACUAUAAAUAAUCUUUAAAUAAUUAAUAAUACAUUUAAUAAUUCAUUUAUUUUUAAGACUUCAAAUAGUGAGAAAUUCGUUAUGAAUAAAUUUAUAUUUAAAGAUAAUUUAAUCUAUGAAUCUGAAUUGAUUAUAUCUAAUCAUUUUAAUUUUAAAGAUGCUUUAAUUUUAAACAAUUUAUUUGGGAAAGGAGCUACCUUGCUUGGAACUAGUGAUGAAAUAGAUGAAAAUUAAUUAUAUACUUUAACUUUGUCUAACUUUUCAUAAAUUCAAAUUAUAAACAACACUUGUUAUCGAUCUUUAAUAUAUCUAAAAUCUCCUUUUAAUCAAAAAUAUCAAGUAAUGAACAUAAAAAUAGAUUCUUUAUAUAUUAAUUAAAUUUAAACUUCAAUUGAUGGUACUUCAUUUAUAUAAAUAUUAAAAGUAGGAUCUGUUGUAAUAAAUAAUUUAAUAAUAAAAAAUCUCUUAAAAGUAAGAGGAAUAGAAAUUUAAUAAAUAAGUUGGGUAUAGAUUAAUCAAUUUUAAUGUGAUUCAUCUGAAUAAAAUACAUAGAUGCCUGUUUAAGAAGAUUGCUUUAUUGAAAAAGAAUUCAAUUUAUAUUGCUUACAUAUUGAGGAAUUUGAUAGAGGAGUUUACUUAUAGGAUGGAAUGAUAAAAAAUUAAUUAAAUGUUGAUUCAUCUUUGAUAUACAUUAAAUCCUAUGAUUAUUUAACUAAAAAUACUGAGAAUGAUAAAGAGUUAGAUGAGACUAAAUUUUUUUUUGGUUUAACAAAUGAAUUAAUAAGUUUGAAAAAUAUUAAAUUUUAUAACAAUACUUUGGCUGUUAGAGAUCCAUAGAUAAAAAUGGCAUCAUUAGUAAUAGAUUCAACCUAAAGAUAAAGUGUAAUUUUAGAGGAUUUAACAUUUAUUGGGAAUCAUUUACAUCAACUUCCUCCUUCAGUUAAUGUAGAUGUAGUUACUUGUAUAAUGAUAGAUUCUCCUUUGGCUAAUGUGAGUAUAAGUAAUUGUGAGUUUCUUGAUAAUAGAGCUACAAAAUCUAUUUUAGGGAUUAUAAAAUUUAUAACAAAUAGUGUGUAAAUGUAAAAUAUAAAUAUGUAAAACACUAAUGUAAUUUAGAUAUAUUAUGCUGAUAUAUUGGAAUAACAUUAACUUUUUUCGUAAGAUGAAAAAGUAGAAUAAAAAAACAUAUAAAAUUACUUUGAAAUUUAAUCUAUUGGAUCAAAUAUACAUUUUGAUUGUGAUAACAUAAGAAUUUAAAGUUUAACAAUUAAUAAUUCAGUAGGUUUAGAUGGUGCUGGUAUGUAUAUAGUAGGAAGUGAUAGUUUAAAUAUUUCAUUGUCUGAUGUGACAAUGAAGAAUUUGAUUUGUUCUUUGAAAUAUGAUUCAUCUGGUUGUGGUAUCUACAUAAACACAUAGGUCUCAGAACUUAAAAUAUAGAUCUAAAAUUUAUAUAUGGAUAAGAUAAUUGCAUAUUAAGGAGCUGGUAUUUAUAUCUUAAGUUCAUAAUUAAAUAUAAAUGUAAGUAUUUAAGAUUCAAUUUUUCAUCAGUGUUAAUCGCUGGAGUCUUAAGUAUUUUAUUUUAAGUAAUAGACAUUAACUUCUAAUGUUCCUAUAAUAACAUUCGAUAAUUGUACAGUAUAUAAUAACCAUUAUGACAAUUAUUUAAUGAAUAUCAUAGCACUUAGACAAUAAAUAGAAUAUGAAGCAAGAAUAUAUGACUAAAAUCAAUUAAUUUAUAUUGAUUAUGCAACAGUCACAAUUAUAAAUUGUAUUUUUACAAAUAUUUCAUUUACCACAAUAUUGAAAUUGCAAAAUAUCAUUUUAUUAAAUAUUUUGGACACUCAUAUUAACAACAUUUAAAUUGGAUUUUCUAAAUUAAUCAAUUUAGAAUUAAAUACUUAAAUUGGACAUAUUUCAAUAUCUGGAUUGAUAAUAGAGAAAGUUAAACCUUAUCCUUAAUGGUAUGAGUAACAACUUUAAAAUGAGAAAUAUCCUGAAUAAAAUGAAACCUUAUCAGAGACUGAAAUGGAAAGGUAAUAAUGCAUUUAAGAAAGUAAUUUUGAGUACAUUGUCAAUCUUGAUACUGUUUCGUAUCAAAUUGAUACUACAUUUAUACCAAGAAAUCCGAUUGAAUACAGUAAAUUUAAUACGACAUAAUAUAAUUACUAUAUUCAAAAUGAAAAUAUUUCAAUAAUCAUCUACUUAUACUCAUUAUUUAUUUUUUAGAUGGGAAUUUAAUCAUAUCCUGCAUUGUUUUAUUUACCAUCAGUGAAUAUUCAAGCUGAUGACAAUUAAAUUCUAUCUCAUUCACUUUAUGUAAGCAAACUAUUCAUUUAAUCAAUAGUUUGUAAUAAUUGUUAUUAUGGUUUAUUUUACGUCAAAGGCAUUAAUGGUAGAGCUAAUAAAAGCAUUUAAUUUAAUGAAAUUAAUUGUCUCAAUAAUUAAAUAGAUUAAUAUGGAUGCAUUAAUUUAUAAGGUUCAUCUUUAGACUCUUUAAAUAACAAAAGCAUUUAUACAAUUAUAAUUUUAAAUAGCAUAUUUAUUAAUAAUAAAGCUAAUUUAGGAGCUGGUUUGAGUGUAAAAAAUGUAUCUCUAUAUCUUAUAAAUACAUCAUUUUAUGACAACUAAGCUAUUAGUAUUGGUGGAGCCAUCUUAUUCUAGUAAUAAGGAUAAUAGAUUUAUUUAUAAGAUGUAGUAAUUUAAGGAAACACAGCAGAUAUUGCUGGUGGAAUCUAUAUGAAUGGAUAGAGUUUGCCUAAUUAUGAUGUCUAAAUUUCAGGUAAUUCAGGUAGGAGUUUAAUAGAAGAAAUACCAUAACAUUUGAGUAUCUCAAUGAUUUAAGGAAUUAUUCUACCAAUUUCUAUAUUUGAUAUUAAUAUUGAUGCAGUCUAAAUGAUUUUAAAUUUACCUUCUGGUCAAAGUAUAUCAACAUACAAAUUUUACUAUCAUCCAACUUAAGAGUUAGUCCCAUAUGAUUGGAUUUUCAGAAUUAUUAAUUUAGAUAGAAAUUUUAAUCCUGUCUUAACAGCCUCAAUUACUGAUACUUGUAAUAUUACUGCUAGAAUGUUAGAUUCUUAAAACUUUGAUAAAACUACUAAAUUCCUUAGUAAUUAUACAUUGCCUUCACUUAUUUCAUUUGGUAAUGAAUCCUUCAAUCUAGAUGACUUAAUUAUUAUAUUUGAUCCUUACUUACCAGAAUAAUAUUAUCUGUAAUUAAAAUUUUAAUGUUCUACGAUCAAAUUGCCUAUAGAUCCUUAUCCUUAUUAAUAUUAUGAUACAAAUUAUGCAUUAUAUGUAAAUCUUAAGACAUUGCCAUGCUAAUUAGGAGAAGCAUAUACAUAAUAAAAAUGUUAAGUAUGCGGUAAAGGUUAAUAUGCUUUAACAAAAGAUCAAUUAAUAUGUUCUAAUAUGGAUGUUAAAUCAAUGUAGGAGGUGACUCCAAUUAGAAUAAAGUUAUAUUCUGGAUAUUGGAGAUAUGAUAAUAAUAAAGUAGAGUAUUGUUAUAAUUUGUAAGAAAAUUGUAAUGGAGGAUGGAUUCCAGGAAAUCCUUCAUGUUAUACAGGACACAUGGGAGCAUUGUGUGAAUCUUGUGAUAUAUAUGGAAUUAGAGGAGAAUAAUUUAGCGUUAGUACAAAAUACAAAUGUGGAUAAUGUUCAGAGACAUAAUCUAACAAUUCUCUAACUAUAGCAGCAAUAUGUUUAUUCACUUUAGUAUAAAUGGUUUUGUCUGUAAGAGGGAAUUAUUAAAUGAUAGAAAAUUUUAUUAAAGAAUAAGUUUUGCAAUCGAUAGGAGUAAGAGUAAAUACAACUUAAGCAAAUUUAUCAAUAUUACUAAAAAUAAUGAUAAACUAUUUUUAGAUCAUCAGCUCUUUGGGAACAUUUAGAAUAUCAAUUCCUACUGAUUUAAUAUCUUCUGUUGAUAUAGUUGCUAAUCCAACUCAAUCUAUGGCUUAUUCUUUAGAUUGUUUUUUAAUAGAGAUUGCAUUUACUGAGAUUUUAUAUUUCAGAAUGAUUUGGGGUUUAAUGAUGCCUCUAAUUUAUUUAUUAAUCUUUUUUUUUGGAUAUUUAUUUGGAAUUUUAAUAACAGUAUUACCUGCAAGAAUGAAUGUAGUAUAUACAACUUUCAUCUAUAUGUUUAUUUAUCUAUAACCAACAUUCAUAGGAGGUUUUAUUGCAUUAUUAUCUUCAAGAACACUAGGUGGUGUAGAAUUUGUAUAAUCUGAUGUAUAAUAUCUUUAUGAAAGUAAUUUACAUUAUUUUUGGAUGGUAAUAUUCGCAGGCCCUAACAUAUUUUGUUGGGGUGGUAUAUUUCCAUAUGUCUUUAUGCAUUUAAUCAGAAGAAACAGAGGAACUUUAAUGAAAAUCGAAACUCGUAGAAAAUAUGGUUACUUUUACAAUGAAUAUACAUAACAUGCUUAUUUAUGGGAAUUCGUUAAAAUCUUUGAAAAAUAAUUUGUUUUAAUGGCUCUUACUUAUUACGAAGAUACUGUUAUUAUCAAAGGUCUUAUGGUAUUUAUAAUAGUAUUUAUUUAUGGGAUUCUUUCUUAUGAAUUUCAACCUUACUAGAGUAAAAGACUUAAUUAUAUUGAUCAAAUGUCUUCCGCAGUAUGUGUUUUAUCUCUCUGUUUAGGAGUUCUGAUAAAGGCUUCUUAGAGUGAAAACAUGGAAUACUUGUAAUUUAUUAUGUUUUCCAUUAUUGGUAUUCUAAAUUUACAGUUCAUAUUUAUACUACUUUAUGAAGUUCUUCGUGGUUACAUUGAUAAAUUUGAAAGCCACAUUGACAAAUUAAGAGAUAAAAUCAAUUAGAAAUAUCCGAAUUUAUAAAAAUAUAAUUGGAUUCGUAAACUUCUUAUCAAUAGAGGAGAAUUAAAAUCAAAAAUUAAAAUGCUCUGGUCUUAGCUCCGUUAUUAAACUCAUAAGAGAAUUAUUAAAAGAAGGUAGGAUAAGAGUAUACCAUUAUUUGAACCAAGAUACCAGCAUGCAUACAAUGAAGAGAAAGAUAUCGAUUCUAGAAUAGAUUCUAAAGCUAAUUCAAGAUUAUCUGUUAUUGAUAUAAACCAAGAGGAACUAUAGUAAUUAAAUAAUUUAAAUGCUUCAAAAGUUAAAGCAAAUUAAAUAUAAAAAGUUUACCCCUUAGAAAAAUAAAAUAGCAUUAUGUAAUUGACAAAAAAGAGAAUAUGA